AUGGAAGGAAUCGUUAUCGAUGUUCCAAAUCGACAAGAAGCAAAAGGUGAUAUCUCAAAUUUAGACACAAAAAUUUGCUGUACAACAGCCAAGGCGCUCACAGUUCUUAUUCUCUUAGGUCUCUAUGGAAUUCAAUCAAAAACAUUAUUCACGAUAUUCUCCGUUUGCACAUUUUGCUGCUUAUUAUACUCUUCGCUCUUUUUUUUAACGACGUUUUUCCUUCUCGUCCAAAUCGAUAAUCCGAAAGAGCUGAAACCCGAAGCAAGUACCGAAAUGCCGAUGGAAGUUUCAUAUAAACUCGACGUUCCGAAAUACAUUAUUUUGAUUGGAUUCGUUGUCGUCGCAAUUAAAACAAGUUUUCUCGCAUUUUUCACAUUUAUUCUCUGCAAAAUUGGAUGGUAA